AUGGGGCAGUCGCUGGUAAAGUGUGCAUGGAGAAAUGGCGAGGAGUCUCAUUUCGACUUCAGCCCCAACAUGUAUGCACCCCGGGAACAGGAGAAAAGGAAGGCGGCGUCGCAGGAGCGGGAGGCCAAGGAGACCGAGAGAAAAAGGCGCAGGGCUGGCGGGGCCCGACGGAGUCCCCUAGGUCAGCCCCGCCCAGAGCCCCGGAACGCCCUUCGGGCGGCCCAACCAACAGGGUUCCCAGUUUUCUCCAGACCAGAGCGCUUCGGACAGGUGGGGCGAGUGCCCCGUCCAUCCGCGCUCCCGCAGAGUGACCCAGGGGUGGCAUGGGCGGGGCCCUGGGGAGGUAGGAGACCAGGGCCCCCUAGCUACGAGGCUCACCUGAUGCUGAGAGGCGCUGCAGGCUCAGCCCCAAGACGCCGCUGGGACCGGCCGCCACCCUAUGUGGCUCCACCUUCUUAUGAAGGCCCUCACAGGACCCUGGGGACUAAGCGAGGCCCCGAGCUCUCCCGGGCGUCCACCUCGUCAGCCCCAGUUCCAGCCACCGCCAGGACAGAGGGAGGGCGUACGAAGAAGAGGCUGGAUCCUCGAAUCUACCGGGAUGUUCUAGGGGCUUGGGGUCUCAGACAGGGUCGGGGACUCUUAGGAGGAGCUCCAGGCUGUGCAGCGGCCAGAGCCGGGUCAGAGUCCUGCAAAGGGGCGAUAGAGAAAAGCUCGGGCCUAGCUGCUGCUGGCCUGAACAGUGGUGGUUACAGCCAUCCCCAAGCCAAAGCGACUGGCAGUCCAGACACGGAGGCAGCUCCCGCUGGGUCUACGAUCCACAGCCCACCAUGUCCUGCUCCUAGGUCCAGGCAGCACCUCAAGGGCUCCAGGGAAGGGAAAGAAGGAAGUGAACAUAUUUGGCUUCCUAAGUGUUGGCUUUCCUCCCCUAAGAAGCCUCCAGUUAGGCAUAGCCAGACUCUCCCCAGACCCUGGGCUCCUGGAGGCACCGGGUGGAGAGAAUCCCUUGGUCAAAGAGAGGGGACAGAACAUGAGACCCUGGAAGUUUGGAAGGCGACCCGCCGCGCCCACACCCUGCCCCGCAGUUCCCGAGGCCCCUCUCGUAGAGACGGCAUCUUUGUCAUUGAUGCCACGUGCGUGGUGAUAAAGUCCCAGUAUGUUCCGACCCCUCGAACCCAGCAGGUGCAGCGCUUGCCCUCUAGGGAGCCAAGCAUUGUGAGCGACAGCCCCAGGCAACCCAAGCCCUGCCAGGAGGAGGGUGAGGGGGUCACUGCCAAUCCCUCAGCUUGUCAAAAGCUACCAUUGAGCAGUGGCAUCUCCAACCAGGCGGGUGGGGGGAGCGAGUGCGAAGCCGAGAGAGGAGAGCAGGGGGAUUCUACACGGGAGGACCGCACCUCCCGCAUUUUAGGGUUCCCUGUCGGCGAAGUGACCCUACGAGACGUCGUCCACACGCAGCCAGGUAGCCCUGAGCACCCAACCUUAGGCCCAGCGGCUCCGGGAUGCGCGGGCAGCUUGAAGGGCUCAGAAGCGGCUGGGGUCCUGCGGCGGGGCGGGGGCUGGGCGCGGACUCCAGGACCCUACGCCGGGGCAUUGCGGGAAGCCGUGUCCCGUAUCCGCCGCCACACUGCCCCGGAUUCGGACUCAGAUGAAGCUGAGGAGCUGAGCGUCCAUAGUGGCUCCUCUGAUGGAAGCGACACAGACGCCCCAGGCGCCUCCUGGCGGAAUGAGAUGACCCUGCCUGCGGUUGGAAACACCCGGCCCAGGGAAGGCGGGAAGACAGCCAAGCCGAGUGACAGUAUCCGGGAGGUUCUAGAUGUCAUUAGUCAAACUGAGGAAGAAGGCCUCUUCGGAGAGGACAUCAGGAAAACACCACAGGGGAAAAGAGAGAGAGAGUGAGCGAUGCCCCUUUUUGUUCUCAUGUGGCUCAGCCCACCCUUGGGCUCACCUUUCUCCUUUACUCUCUACAGGCUUCGUUUGCUUCCCUUUUCUUCUUUCCCCACCUACACCUGUUCCCACACUUGAAACAGAGGAAAGGAGAGGAGAGAGAGGCCAGGCAGCACUCGCCAAUCCAAGAAUUAGCUUCAGGGGAGAUGAGAGUAGGAUUCAACCUCUGCUUCAUUCAGCACUUCGAAGAACUGAGCAGAGGCAGUCAUAGGUCAGGGUCCCUGGUAGGAGAAAAAAAGUA